AUUGGUGUGUGUACCACCUCAUGGCAAAAGGUGUAGAAACGCUGAAGCACUCCAUUCUGUUUAUGAUUUCUAUUAAUGAUUGACGCUGCUGUUUAAAGCUAUAUUUUUUAAUGUCUGCCUUAUUUGUAUUAUUACACAGUUGGGGAGGACAGGGUGGACAGCUCCCUGUCUAGUAGUUGUAGCCUGUAGCUAGUUAUACGUCUUCUUGAGGAAGCGCCGACAGACGGACAGCUGUGCGAGUUCGCAUUUUCUAAUAAAACAGCAGCACGAGCGAUGGCUUCGGCGUAGCAUUUCGUACUGUAAUUUUCAUACGGCGGGGAAGUCGACAUUGUGAAGGUUUUGUUCUGUGCUAGUUUCGUGGUGUCCGUGUGUUGGCAUGACAUAGCAGCUACGAGCAAGAGCCGCUUCGAUUAUGGGAACAUUCAGGUUUGAGGAACCCUGAUCCGAUUGGCUCCGGCACCGCCCUACCAGGUGACCCUACAGCCGGGGAGACGUGUAAGGAGACCCAGCCACAGCCUCCCCUGUCCAACAGUGCGUUGCACUGUGCCUACCACCACAACCAUGCCCACCCCCAGCGGCAGCCCCGAGAGAGAGGGCUCCACAGGGGGACCCAACCAGCUGGAGUGUCCCUCUUCCUCUCCCCCUGGCAUGGACCAUUCCAUGGGCAGCCCCCUGCUCAGCCCGGACUCAUCUUGCCAAGAUGCCAUGCUCUCAGCCCCCGCUGCCUCCCCUGCUGACUCUGAGAGCCUGAGCCCUGACGAGCUAGAGCUGCUGGCCAAGCUGGAGGAGCAGAACAGACUUCUGGAGGCAGACUCCAAGUCGAUGCGUUCGAUGAGCGGCUCGCGGCGGAACAGCGGCUCGUCCCUGGUGUCCAGCUCCUCUGCCUCGUCCAACCUGUCCCACCUGGAGGAGGACACCUGGAUCCUGUGGGGACGCAUCGUCAACGAGUGGGACGAAUGGAGACGCAAGAAGGACAAGCUGCUCAAGGAGCUGAUCCGUAAGGGCAUCCCACACCACUUCCGGGCCAUCGUGUGGCAGCUGCUUGGUAACGCCACAGACAUGCCAGUGAAGAACCAGUACUCUGAGCUGCUCAAGAUGUCCUCGCCCUGCGAAAAGCUCAUCCGCCGGGACAUCGCCCGCACCUACCCCGAGCAUGAGUUCUUCAAGGGCCAGGACAGCCUGGGUCAGGAGGUGCUCUUCAACGUCAUGAAGGCGUAUUCUCUGGUGGACCGGGAGGUGGGCUACUGCCAGGGCAGUGCCUUCAUCGUGGGCCUGCUGCUCAUGCAGAUGCCAGAGGAGGAGGCGUUCUGUGUGUUUGUGCGUCUGAUGCAGGAGUACCGUCUGAGGGAGCUUUUCAAACCAACCAUGGCUGAACUAGGCCUCUGUAUCUACCAGUUUGAAUACCUGCUGCAGGAGCAGCUCCCGGAGCUGAACGUCCACUUCCGUUCUCAGAGUUUCCACACCUCCAUGUACGCCUCCUCCUGGUUCCUCACUCUCUUCCUCACCUUCCUCCCCAUGCCCGUCGCCACACGUAUCUUUGAUAUCUUCAUGUACGAGGGUCUGGAGAUAAUAUUUCGUGUGGGCAUGGCCAUUCUGCAGUACAACCAGACUGACCUCAUCCAGCUGGAUAUGGAGGGCAUGUCUCAGCACUUCCAGAAGGUGAUCCCCCACCAGUUUGACAGCUGCCCAGACAAGCUGAUCCUGAGGGCCUACCAGGUCAAAUACAACCCCAAGAGGAUGAAGAAGUUGGAGAAAGAGUACACCACAAUCAAGAACAAAGAGAUGGAGGAGCAGAUAGAGAUCAAGAGGUUACGUACAGAGAACAGGCUUCUGAAGCAGAGGAUUGAGACAUUGGAGAAGGAAAGUGCUGCUCUAGCAGACAGGCUGAUACAGGGUCAGGUGACGCGGGCGCAGGAGGCGGAGGAGAACUACGUGAUCAAGCGGGAGCUGGCAGUGGUGAGGCAGCAGUUCAGCGUGACCAGCCAGAACCUGGAGAAAGCCCAGGACACCAUCGGAGAACUGCAGCGGGAGAAGUACACAGAGCAGUUUGUGACCGGUCUGCAGAUGCAGCUGGAGCAGUCCCGGCUGCAGGAGGCAGAGCUACUGGGGGCACUCAAAGAAAUGCAGGACAAAGUACUGGACCUAGAGAAGGUAAGAGAACACACCUGUGUGUGUGUGUGGUAUAUCUGUGUGUUUAAUAUCUUCAUUGUGUGUGUGUGUAUGUUCCAGAGGAGCAGCUCUCUGCCUGAUGAGAACAACGUGGCCCAGCUGCAGGAUGAGCUGAAGCUGGUGAAGCUCCGAGAGCUGGAGACACUGCACUCCUUCAGAGAGAUGCAGGACACGGUGACCGAGCUCAACCAGCGCUGGCAGCUCCACAUGUCAAAAGGUGGCGGGGGUCACUGGAAGGAAUCCCCCAAGAAGAAUGCCCUGAAUGAGCUGCAGGACAAGCUGAUGGGGGUGCGUCUGAGAGAGGCCCAAGCCCAGGCUGAACUCAGGGAGGUCAAACUCCAAGCCAUACAGCUGGAGAGCCAGAACCAGAUUCACAGCAAGCUGAUUGGGCGCCAUGAGGUGGAGAGCGCCGCCAUGCAGGAGAGGCUGCAGCAGCUGGCGGGCCAGAACAAGGGGAUGCUGGCCCAGCUCACCGAGAUGAAGAGGAAACAGGCCGAGCUCGACUGCAAGAGUAAAGAGGAGGUGAUGGCGGUGCGCUUGCGGGAGGCUGACAGCAUGGCUGCCAUGGCUGAGUUCAGACAGAAGAUAGCUGAGCUGGAGAUACAGAAGGAGGAGGGUCUGAUCCAGGGCCAGCUGAACCACUCUGACUCCAGGCAGUAUAUCACCCAGCUUCGAGACCAGAUCGGAGAGCUCAAGAAUGAGAUCAGGCAGCUCCGCGGGCAGCGCUCCAAGUUCGCUCCUAGUUCCCGGGAUGGGGGCGGGGGCUACCCGGAUCUGUGUCUAGCUAGCCCCUCGUCAGCCGGAGGCGACUACCUGAGCUCGGAUGAGGACCUUCUCCCCAGCCCCAUCCCCCCUAACGCCAUGUACCCCGCCCUGCCCCACCCCUCGGCCAGGCUGGACAGCGAGGGCAGCACCGACAGCGAAGCAGAGGCCCACCCGGACCACCCCCACCACGGCCCCUCGCAGCAGCUCUACACUAGCAUGGUGUGUGCUGAGGUCCUGGACAACUGAGCCAUGGAGGUCCCUGGAACUACCUGGUCCUGUACUCAGUAUCUCUUUAGUAUUAGAGAUGCUGUACUCGCCCCAACUUUACUGUACUACUGUUUUCACCCUAAACUACUGUAACCUGUAACGGACAUCCUCCCCUCCUCCUCCUUCAUGUUGGUGCCAUGGUCUCUCCUCUUUUUGUCAUUCUCUUUUCUCCAUUUCCCCCUUUUACUUCUCUUCUCCCCUAUCUCUCUUCACUUAUCCCUCUCUUUAUCUCCCUCUCUCUCCCUCAAUCUCUUUCUCCUCUACAUUCUCACAGACCAUGUAUUCCCUAUGGGGGUUGAGUCAAUUCCAGUCCUAAUCCCCUGUCCUGCCCUGUCCUGUCCUUGGCAUUAGUUUCCACACUGCACUCCGGACCUGAGUGAAGAACAGAUAACUUCAGUAUGCUCGCUCACUGUGCAGCAAGCAUAUCCUAUCCGCACAGAAAGCCGAGAAAAUAAAAGGGAUUGAAAAUGGACCAAAAAAAUUGCUUUCAAUACUCCAACCAUACCACACAGCAGUGACUAUGAGAUGCAUAGGACAUCACUUUGAUUAAAUGAUUCCCCUCAAGUUUGCAAGGACUUCAAUAUGGACUUGGGAUCGGUAAAAGAGGAUAUGGAUGGAUGACUUGUUGGGCUUGACCCUGCUCGUACUGUCCCGUGAGCGAGAUGUGGGACUUACUGUCUCCCUCCAUCUUUCUCUUUCCUCCUCCUUUUCUCUCUCUCUCUGUCUCUUUCUGUCAUGUCAUCAUUCCAAGAAGACCCAUUGGCCACCUGCACUGCCUGUCAAAAUGGAAACAACCAUCCACUGUAACCUCACAAUGCACACUGCAAAACAAAUGAGAGCGAGAGGGAAUGAAGGAAGGUUAGAGGUAGGAAAGGAGUAUGGUAUGGACUUGUACACAUCAAUAUCAUAGGGAUGUUACUAGAUGACAUCUCAUGCAUAGAUGAAUAUUAACAAUUUACCUUACUGAAAUAUGUUUGUUGUGUCUGUCUUGCAAAUGAAACAAGGCAAGCGAAUUACGAUGGAUAAUGUCAACCACAAAAAAAUCUCAACGUUGCCAAAUCUUAGGUAAUUUUUCUGCUAUUAUUUAUGUUCUUAUUUAUUUUAAUAUUUUUUAUAUAUCUAUAUAAAUAUAUAGAUACCAACGGCGGCCAAACAUUAUAUAUACGUUGAGUUCCCUCGGUCCUUUGUGCCAACUUGAAUCCUGAGGCUGAGGUGUCAACGGACGGCGUCCUUGACGAUUCAUGUCAGAGAGACAGAACAAAUGCGCUGCUAUGAUUUUCCUUUUUUUUUCUCCCAGUCUUCUUUUAUGUUAUGUUCCAUCUGCUCGACAUGCAGUCGAACUUUACACCCCUUAGGAAUCAGUUGUGAGUGCGAAAACUACUGUGAAGCAAUUGUUGAACGGUUAUGGCUAUGCUUCAUAAUGAUGUCUCUACCUAUGACUUGUGCAAUACCCACACAUAAACAACUCCUUUAUACUCUAUUUGAAAUGUGUUAAGGCAUUUUUAAACCCUAAGAGCAUGUAUCAACCCACAAGUGUUUAUAAGAGGACAUCAAUGGCUCAGUCAAUCAUUCAUUUUGUCUCAUGGUGAGGCUGGAGUUUACUAGUUUGGGACUGCUUGGCAUGUGUCCGUCAAAAUGCUGUGUGAGUGACGUGAAGGGGUUCAUUUGAAGUUACCAAAAAAAAAAGAGAAUUUGUUGAAAUUGACUAAUCAGAGGCAAAAUAAUAAUUUACCAGCUACAAGUGUACUGAUCAGAUCAUCAUAAAUAUCAUUAUCAAGUUGGACCAGGGUUAUCACUCUGUUUAUGUCUCUGUUCUGUUGUUCUCGUCUCAGUCAUGGUGCUGUAUGAUGAAUUAUCAAUACCUCUCCUUCCAGAACAGCCAACUGUGACAUCACUUCCUCUUUCUACUGCCUGUUACCAAUAGGAUUUAGGGAUGGAUGGAAACAUUCAGUUGAACGUGUUGACUGAAAAUGUCUGACUAUCUGAUGCGUGCUGUUACUACAGCUUCAGAUGGCUCAAAUGCACAGGUGUUAACAGACUGGGAGCAGUAUUUUGUCUAGUAUAUACCUCAUUGGCUAACUAUGUGGCAUAUCAUCCCAAUUGUCUUGAAUAUAUGACAUGCUUGUUAGAAUUAGCUUUAGCUCAGUCAUUCGGAGUGGGUAGACUACUGCAUCAGCUUGGUGUCAUGUUUCCAAAGCAUUCAAAUGUACUGUGUUUAUAUCAAUGGGACAGAGUUGAUCAUGGGAAUCGAUGAUAGCCAUCUGGAAAGAAGCUCCAUGUGGUUGCUUUCCCAAUGUCAAGGGGGAAAGGGUUCCAUACAAACUCUAUAUAGAUGGAAAGAGCAUUGUCCUACUUCUGUGGCAGACACUUCAGAUAUCACAUUUUGAUAUAUUCUUACAACAGUGGAAGCAAAACGUAUUGUCUAAUUCAAUAAUUACAAUAAUUCCAUAUGACAACCUGAACUAAAGUAUUUAUAUAAAUAGAUCACAAGAAUAAUUGAGUUGAUUUGCUGAUGCAGAGGAUGUGUAGUAAUAUAUUCAGUAGGGUGAUAUACGAUCCUAAGAUUCUGGAUAUACGAUCCUAAGAUUCUGGAUAUACGAUCCUAAGAUUCUGGAUCUAAGAUUCUGGAUCUAAGAUUCUAGAUAUAUGAUCCUAAGAUUCUAGAUAUACGAUCCUAAGAUUCUGGAUAUACGAUCCUAAGAUUCUGGAUCUAAGAUUCUAGAUAUAUGAUCCUAAGAUUCUAGAUAUAUGAUCCUAAGAUUCUGGAUAUACGAUCCUUAGAUUCUGGAUAUACGACCCUAAGAUUCUGGAUCUAAGAUUCUAGAUAUACGAUCCUAAGAUUCUAGAUAAACGAUCCUAAGAUUCUAGAUAUACGAUCCUAAGAUUCUGGAAAUACGAUCCUAAGAUUCUGGAUCUAAGAUUCUAGAUAUUGAUUCUAAGAUUCUAGAUCACCUCCUGACUUAAAGCAGUGAGUGCUGUUCUGGGAAUAUGGGAGUGGACGCUUAGAGUGGUUAGUGUAGCAAGCUAAGGCCCUGUCUCAUGUCAGCAUUAGUGAGAACUUGUAAGGUUUCUUGGUAGUAUUGAGGUACUGUAUAAUGCUAUGCCACCAAGCCUAUGCAUCCCAACUUUAUCAUGUUUUCUUGUGUUCAAAUUAUGCCACGCACUUAGAUUUGGUGUGUGCCUGGCUUUUGUCACACAGUGAUGCUGAAUGACGGGGGAACCUGUCACCAACUGCCAAGGAAAUAAGGGAGCUCCUCUAAUGGGGUUCCACUGCCAUGUAGCCCAUAUUUUGCUCGCUCAAGUAUUACAAAUAACCACCUUUUUAGAGGUUAAACCAGUGCAGCAGCUGAAAUCACUGUUGUCUGGUGUAACAUCCUGGACCAGUCAGUUACGGCAUUACUUUAGCAAUGGGAGGGAGUUCGGAUGCCAUGUGUUGUCAACCUGUGGUAGAGUAUAGUUUUGGUCAGUGGUGGAAAAAGCCCUUGAGUAAAAGUAAAGAUACCUUUUUAAUAGACAAUUACUCAAAUAAAAGUGAGUCACCCAGUAAAAUACUACUUGAGUAAAGCUAUUUGGUUUUAAAGAUACAUCAGUAUCAAAAGUAAAAGUAUUAAUCAUUUCAAAUUCCCUACAUUAAUCAAACCAGACGGCACCAUUUUCUUGCUUUAAUUAAUUUUUUUACGGUCAGCCAGGGGCACACCGACACUCAGACAUAAUUUACAAACGAAGCAUUUGUGUUCAGUGAGUCCGCCAGAUCAGAGGCAAUAGGAAUGUUCUCUAGAUAAGUGAGUUCAUUUGACCAAUUUCUUGUCCUGCUAAGCAUUCAAAAUGUAACGAGUACUUUUGCGUUUCAGAUCAAAUGUAUGGAGUAAAAAGUACAUUUAUUUUCUGUAACUUUUACGCCACUAAAUUCCUAAAGUUGUCAAAAAUAUAAAUAGUAAAGUACAGAUACCAAAGAACUACUAAAGUAGUACUUUAAAUAAUUUUUUACAUAAGUACUUUACUCCACUAUUUAGACACUACUAGACUGUCUAAUUUACACAAAGUCUUGUGCACUCGCUCCACACUCGCAUAACACCAGGCUGUAUAACAAUCCUGCAUAAUACAAACACUAUACUGCUGUUCAGAGAUGGUGCUUCGAUGCGGAGCUCCCCAGUGUCCCAACUACAACUGGUAGAACUGUGACUAAAAUACUUUUUGAUACACAUGAAGAUGCCCUCUGAUUCAGUAUUUGUCAUCCAUGUAGUUUUAUGAUUAGCGUUGGUAUGGCUAUUCUUUGAUCUGAACCAAGAUCAUGUUUAAAAUCUUAGGGUGUGUCGAAUGGUAGGGUUCCAUGUUUAAAUCUAGAUAGUGCCAUAAUGUAGGUAGAUUUAUACAUAGUAUAUCAAAUGCAAUUUUCAUAGACAGUUCAGCAUUUGCACUCUGGUUUAGGGAGGUGUUCACCAAAAAUAUCUCAAAGGUGAAGGCCACUGUUGAGCUAGGACUGAAGGAUCCCCAAUAUGUUUAAGAUUUUUAUUUAUAUAUAUAUAUAUAUAUAUAUAUAUAUAUAUAUAUAUAUAUAUAACCAUGUUAGAAAAAAACUGGAACACUACAUGCCGUUGUCUGUGUCUCAAAGAAGAGAGAAACAAAACAUGGAGACUCCCCCUUAUGGACGGUGUCCUCCAUGCAUACCCUGGGUUGUAUUCAUUAGGGCACUCAAAGUAAAAAAUGUAAAAUGUUCUGCAACAGAAAACAAAAAUGAGUGUUUCUUAUUGGACAAGUCCAUGAAGUACCUCCCGGUUUCAGUCACUUUUCUUCCAUUUGGUGCCUCAAAACACAACCCUGGUGUAGGACAGGUCGGUAUCCACUUUACUCCCUCCAACCUUGUUCACUCUCUCUUGCAAUUCUACCAAUGUGUUGUCAAGUAUAUUAAUGACAGUAAUAAAGAUGAUAUUAAAGACAAUAUUAUGAAAAUA